UACAAUGGUUGGACGGACAAAUGCCGACGUGCGCAGCACGUCCAUUUUGGAUGAAGGGCAUUCGAGAGACAUGUCAGGGAGCAAUAGGGACGGUCACACAGACACACACACACACACACACACACAAUACAACGAAGCCAUCUCUCUGUCAGCUGGCUGUCCGGGGCGGGGUCUUGCCUCUGGUGGGGGGCAGCUGGCCGAUGGGUGGCUGGUCCAGCAGCUGCUGACAAAAGGCGCGUAUUUCCAUGAGGUUUCGGAUGUUGAUCUGCUGGCCGUCGAUGAACGGUGGGUGGGCACAGGUGAAGUCUAUCUCGCUCUUGAACGGCGAGUAGACACGCGCCAGGAACAAGUGAAGGGCGUAAUCUCUUACUGCGGCGAAUCGAUACAUCGGGGCUGCACACACACACGCACACACACACACACACGGAGACGCACACGACACAUGCAUAAGGAGGUGCACACCACACGAGCUCCACGUACCAUAUGUCUCGUUGAGCUCCCCAAACAGCAUCUCGAGGAAGCUGACCAUGGCAUUCACCCGGGCCCAUAUGUGUUCGAUGGCAGUCACCAAGUCAGCCCGCUGCUGUGCUGUCAUGCUGUCUGGACCCACAACAUGGCCGUUGUGCUGUUGCUGCACACUCCCACUCGCCACCGCCCCCACCACCCUGCUCGCGGCUGAUGACGGGGAAUCCUUCGUGUCCUUCGUCUCACCAGGCUGCAUCGGUGCCGAGGGCUUCUCCUUCUCGGCAGCCGUGUGUGUGUCAGUGGCAGCAUUUUCGGCGGUGUCUGUCUUGCGAUGGUUGGGCUGCGUGAUGACGGGCUGGAAGCUCUCGAGCACUCUGCGCCACUCCACGAAGAGCGCCGUGUUGGUGAGAAAGGAUGUGGCGAGGUCAUAGGCCAUGCUGCGGCCAUUGGGGAGGGUGAAAAGCUCCAGGAUCAGGCGACGGGCAUUGCGGAGGGUGAAUGGGUCGGGCGGAGAGUUGAACUGAAUCGACGUCUGCACACAGGAACACUCACACACGCAUAGAGACACAAACAGACAGACAGACAGACAGACAGCCAGACAGACAGCCAUGAGAACGAAUCGGGAGAGUAUUAUGCUGCCUGCCUGCCUGCCUGCCUGCCUGCAGGUCCAUGAGCAUGAGAGGGAGGGACGGCAGCUCGUCAUUGAUGAAUAUCGGCUCCUCUUCCUCUGCUGAUGCUGAUGGAUCCAGCUCUUGCGCAACCGACGCUGAGCUGCUGGGUGCCGAGAAGCUGCUGCCGGACAUCGCCCGCGACCUGCCUGUGCUGUCUUCUGAUGGGAUGGACGGCGGGGCCGCUCUGCUGGCGCGUUUCAUCUGGAGCAUGAGACACAUCUGCGUGGCGAAGGAGGCACAGGGCUCGAAGUAGUAUCUAGAGGGGAGAGAGACAAGAGCGAAGGGAGACAUCCUCCAUCCAGCCAUCUCUGGGGCAUCUGUCUGUGUAGAUGCCGCCUGACCUGUGUGCCUUCAUUUCCUUGAGCAGUUCCUGCAGUGCGUCUCUCAAUGCCGGCCUGAGGAGCCGCUGCUGCCCCUCCUCCUUACCCUUCUUGAGCAUCGCCCGCAUCCACAUCGACCCCUUCCGCCCCGCCCCGCCGUCAUUUCCAUUGCCAUUGCCCUCGCCAUUGCGCUGGAAGGGCAGCUCAAACGGUGCCACCUCCAUUGCGGUGCUCAGCCGUUUCGUGGUGCCUUUCUUCGGCAGCAGCUGCUGCAGAGAUGUGACCUGCCGUGUGUCUGGCGGCGGCGACAGCGCAGGCAGCUCGAAUACGGUGGAUUUCCUUGACGACCGCGUCACGUCGCCGCCCGUCACCAGAGUGAAUCGCCGUCUGAUGUCUGGUGGCUGGCGGGUGUCGGAUGGGGGAGACAUGCAUUGUGAAAGCGCCAGCUGGUUCAGCGUCUCCUGCACUCGGAAGAUAGGGGGGGACGGGCGGAGGUUGCCCUGUGGCGAUGUUUGUGGUGUACUUGUUUCUUGAUGGUGGUCUUGACUUUGGCCGCGUACAGUUUAACGUCGACUGAUGACAAAUUCAGCAUGUCCUUGAUCCCCUGCAGGUGCUCCUCGUUGCAUGCUCUCCGCACUUUGAACAGUCCCUUGAGACGCUGGAAGAAACGUUUCUCAACCUCCUCAUUGCGCCACACGUGCGCCAGAAGGAUUACUGCGGCACACACACACGACAAGAGACAUGUGUGUCGACCACGAGGACAGUGUGCAUUGAUUUCUUCCUUCAGACACUUGUCUUCGGGCCCGCCAGCUGCAGGACCGUCACAAGUAAGCUCUCGAAGACAUCAUUCCCCGUGGCCACGUCCGUGGCGAUCACAUAGUCGAAUGACUCGAAUCCCUUAGCACCCCACCCCUCCUCCCGCAGCUCAGAGCCCCACAGCAAUUCCUUCACCUCCAUCUCAGUGGCGAUGUUCUGCAGCAACGCCUGCUUGGUCGCCGACUUGAUGUUGGCACGCAGCAGCGAUGCGACCACCUUGGGCCGGUCCGUUGCAGUCACAUUCGCAUUGCAGAGGGAGGCCACUAUGCUGCAAAGGCCGCAGCCGGCGCCCAGCUCAAGGACGGUUUUGCCUUGGAAGAGUAUGGGGUGCAGCUCUAUGAACUUGCAGAACACCUCUGCUGCCGGCGAAACCGCCAUCUGUUCGUGCCAUAGGCACCCUCGGAGUCGCUCUCUGCAAGGGAGAAAAGAGAGAUACCCACAUCAGAUGGUUGUGUAUGUGUUCCAUGCAUACUUGAUGAUGAUGGAGAUGGGUUUGCCCUCGAUGAGCGUACUGUACAAAUACUCGGAGUCCCCCACACCGCCGGCACGUUCAUCCUCGCCUUGGACAUGCGCUCCUCCCUUUUCUCUCUCACAGAUCUCGGCAACUCGAGCCUCGAACAGACUUUGGAUGCCCCUGUUGGCCUUCCGGAGGCGCUGCGACAUGAC